GCCCUAACAUAGAAACAGGGAAAUGCAAUGGUGGUUUAGAAUGUCAAGCACUUCUCUGGUUACUAUAAAUGAGUUAAAGGGCAAGAGAAUUGAGUGAUUCCCCACUUUAGCCUUUUCUCUUGCUUCUUGUUCAAUACAAUUAAACCAUCUACAACCAGAGGUGAGAGGUGGUAUAAUAUAAAUAUACUGCUGCCCAGAGAGAGGGAGAGAGAGAGAGAGAGAGAGAGAGAAGAGCUGUUACAAACGAGAGAUAUUAAGCGUUUGGUCUUUGCUUUACAAAUACCUACCUCCUGGAACUACUCCCUUCCAUUUUCUGCAUCUCUCCUGUGCAAAUUUGUAGAGAGAAACCAAAGCCAGAAAUCCUAUCUCUUUUUCUCUCACCUUUAUAAUCAUCUCCCCGGAUUCCUCACCAGCUCGCAACGACGGCGUUCCAAAGUCAAUCGAGGGAUGUCUCUCCCCAGAGAAAAAUGGGGAGGGGAAAGAUCGAGAUCAAAAGGAUCGAAAACACGACAAACCGUCAAGUCACCUUUUGCAAGCGGCGCAAUGGGUUGCUCAAAAAAGCUUAUGAAUUAUCUGUCCUGUGUGAUGCAGAGGUAGCCCUUAUCGUCUUCUCAAGCCGUGGCCGCCUUUAUGAAUAUGCGAACAACAGUGUCAAGGCAACGGUCGACAGGUACAAGAAGGCUUGCUCAGAUUCCACUAAUACUGGGUCUGUUUCUGAGGCUAAUGCACAGUUCUACCAGCAAGAAGCUUCCCUGUUGCGCCAGAAGAUUUCAAAUUUGCAGAAUUCAAACAGGCAUAUGAUGGGUGAGUCCCUGGGCGCUCUAAAUGUCAAGGAGCUGAAAAGCCUGGAACUGAAACUAGAGAAAGGCAUUAGCAGAAUCCGAUCCAAAAAGAAUGAGCUGCUGUUUGCUGAAAUUGAGUAUAUGCAGAAAAGGGAAAUCGAUCUAAGCAAUAAUAACCAAUAUCUGCGAGCAAAGAUUGCUGAGACAGAGAGGAGCCAACAACAAAUGAGCUUAAUGCCUGGAGGGCCUAACUUUGAGCUCCUACCAUCUCAACCAUUUGACUCGCGAAACUACUUCCAAGUAAAUGCACUGCAGCCCACUACUCAUAGUCAGUAUCCUCGCCAGGACCAAAUGGCCCUUCAAUUAGUGUAAUUUGCUCGAAUGGACCAGUAACUCCUGUUUUUUAUUUUUCUAUUGGGGAAGGGGCUCUGAUUCUAGUAUUUUACCAUAUCCUUGUGAAACUUUUAGUGUAUCUUGGGACUUUCUAAUAAGCAUAUAUCAGCAAUAUUGCUCAAGUGGACAGCCUCGGUUGGGUUCUCUUUCACUAGUAGUGGCUAUGUAGAUGGUUAAUACUACUCUUAUGCUGUCAGAGAAUGAUCCUUCACUGGAUGCUUCAUAUAUAUGCUAUAUCCAUCAGAUGCAUACUACAUUUAUAUCU